GAGAUCUCCCACAGUACUACAACGAUACACACUGCUCACCGCCAUAGUACACGCCGGCCUUCAAACUAUACAUGUGAAACUCAUUGGAAACACUACUUUACACGGAUGGAUUACGUGUUUUGAAAUUUUCCCGUGGAUUUUAUUUAGAAGUAUUUUGUGAAAAUGUUAACUUCCAACUCUCAGUAUGAGUAUCUACAUCCAGACUACCUCCAGCCUUUACCUACCACGUUGGAUGCUAAGAAGAGUCCAUUGGCAUUACUUGCUCAGACAUGCAGUUCGAUAGGAAAGGAUCCUACCCCAUCGAAACCUAUCAUACCAUCUUUGGGUAAAAAAGACAAUGAGAAAUCCCGCGACAAGUCGGAGUCGCCGGAGACCAAACGUCCCGAAUCCAACAGUAGUAAAGGUACAGGUCGUGAUUCUGUUGACAAACCUGGAUUUAGGACUAUUCCCUCAAAAGACAUUCCUCCACUAGUUCCAAUAUCUGCGUCUAGUGACAAAGCCAAGUCUCCGUCAGUUUCUCGUGAAUCAAAAUCUAACGAAAAUGUGAGCACAUCGGUUGUGUCUUCUCGUCCGGGGUCACUCCCGGCAUCAUUGACAUCAUCGACAACGACCAGUGUUGUUAGUUCUACGCGGACGAGCACAAGUUCUCACAAGGAGACGGACAGUCGAGAAAAUUUAACCACGUCAGCAUCUGCCCCUAAACCCGGCAGUCGCCCGUCCCCUGAUCACGUGUCCUACAAACCCUCCAGCCACCCUUCAGCUGCCAGCUAUGGAGGGUACCCGCCAUUCGGACCAACGUACCCAGGUUACCAACUGAUGUCUCCUCAUGGACUACCCGUCGAUUCUGCGGCAUCAGCCAUGGGCUACCCGUCUUCCUUGACGGCUCACGGAUACGCCGCCGCUGCCAACGCUGCCGCAGUGGCAGCAGCUCAAAGUGCUGCCUCUUUAAAACACGCGUCGGCGGCGUCAGCUAUGUCGCCUUAUGUAACAUAUGCUCGUGUGAGAACUCCGGCUGGUGCCACUACCCUUGUACCCGUAUGUCGAGACCCUUACUGCUCCAACUGCCAACUGACAUUGCAAACAUCCCAUCUAUCAUCAACUUGUAAUGCUCCUGGAUGUUCCCAGUGUGCCCACGAGAAGUCCCUCCAGAGUCUCAGUGGGCUGGGGGCACUGGGAGGCCUCCCUCCAAGCGCGUCACUGUCCGUACUUCCAGGGUUUUCCGCAGCCAGUGCCCUAUCAUCUAGUGCUGCCGGAUUGACGUCUUUCCCCUCAAUUUCUUCUCUGUACCCUCACAGUGCUAUGAGUGCCCACCAAGGACUACCAUUUGUUUGUAACUGGGUAUCGGCAGGCAACGAAUAUUGUGGUAAACGUUAUGGCACAUCAGAAGAACUAUUACAACAUUUGAGGACACAUACCACGGCCACAGACACUUCCUCCUUGGCCGCGGCAUACGGCAGUCUCAGUGGUCUCGGGGGACUGACCGGUUUGCAUGGACACUUGACUGCCCCUGGGAGUAUAAGUCCUAACUCCCUCCGAAGGUCGUACCCUACUAGUCUAAGUCCAGUGAGUGGACUUUUAGGGGCAAGCAGAUACCAUCCAUAUAAAUCUCAUAUACCAGGUGCUCCCGGGGCCCUGCCUCCAGGACAACCCCUCCCCAGUCUCGGACCUUACUAUUCACCGUAUGCUCUAUAUGGCCAAAGAUUAGGAGCGGCAGCCGUUCCUUAAAUUCCCUUAAUAUUUCACGGAACUUAAUGUGAUUUUUUUCCCGAGGAAAUCCUGGAUAUAUACACGAAGUCCAUGUUAAACUUGACAAUGCUCAUUAUGCAGAACGUUUCCAUAUGUGAAAAUGAUUGGCGUGAAUGGAUUAGUGUCUCUAUUUGGAAUAUUGUGUGUCAAUUUACUUAAAAGUGCUGUCAUAACAAAAUAAUAACACUUGUUUGGGGGACCAGUAAAAAUAUUAGAAAUCAUUGUUCAAAUUUUAGUUAAUUAGGAUGUAUCGUCCCGGUUAUUUCACACAGUAUUUAUUCUCAUACAUUUGAGACAUAUAUAUAUAUAUAUAUAAUUUAUUCAAAACAGAAAUUGAAUUCUAUGUCCUGAUUAAUGGAUUAUGACUCGUUACACUGUUGAUGUGCCAAUUAAAUUGGAUGCUGGAGAGUAUAACAUCUAUCAAGUGAGUGCUACAACACCGGGGUGAUAGUCGAUGUGAGGAUGAGGUGUGUGAAACGUGAACAGAAUGGCAAAGUGUUGAAUAAUUGUUUGUAUGUUUGAUACAGAAAAAUCUUAUUUUAUUAAAAUAUUACCUAAAACUA